CAAGCACAAGUUGAUCGAAAGAUGAUAAGGUCAGAAAUUAUUAGUUAGCUUUGUUACCGUUAACCAUAUCAAGAUAAAAUACACAUUGGUUUCACGUUCUAAAUAGAAUGUUGGUGUGAUUUAAUGGCGUUUUCAGACCCUUUUCUCUCCCUAGUCCUUACUUGUCUUUGCCUCUCUUAAUGAUCCCCUUCGAUUUGUCUAUGUUUCUCAUUUUUCUCUAAUUUCAUUGGCUGAACUGAAACUGAAGAACAGUUUUAGCUUUAAUAAAAUAUUUCUAAAGAGUCAUAACUCACCACUCACAACCAUUCUUUGCUCUCUAGGUUAGUAUGCUCCAAGAAUUGUUUUUACUGCGUUUCUGGGGAUUUCUAGAGCUUAGAAAGGUUUCAAACUCAAAUAUCUGAAAUGGGUUUUAUCAUUUUAGCAGAUUACUGAACUGACUGUACCAAUUUUUGGGAUAUUUACAAUUUUUGUUAUAAAAAGUUUGGAACUUGGGAAGUUUUCAAAUUUAGAUUUCUGAUUUGGGAUUUGUUCAUUUGAGCUGCUCUGUUAGUUGAUUUCAGGUAAAUAUAACUAGCUUAUGAUUUGGGUUUUUAAUUGGAUGAUGAUGUAAGAAAUCUAUUUUCAUGAAAAAAUCCCUAAAAUUAUAAUUGUGAUUGAAAGUUUUUGCUAAUUCUUUGAGAGUUACUUCAAAGGAGAGUGGUUUUUUCUUUCAUUUCGUUUUCAGCCGUGGGUUUUGGCUAAAAGUUUAUAAAUGUUAGCAGUUUAUUGACAAAUGAUAUAAGAUAUGUUUGAUGGAAGUAUGUCAAUGUCUUUUCAUUCAUUAAACUAUCAAGCACAUAUUUUAGGGAAGACAUAUAAGAAUGGGACACUAAAAAGCACAAGAACAAUUCCUGCUUUAGCUACUCCCCCUGCUUCCAUUCAUGUGCACAUCGGUGAAAGUGACAACUCCCUAAAAUGUGGGAGUAAUUAUGUGCCAAACUUUUCUUUGCCAAACAAAGAUACUAGUACUAGUUUGAUGCUUAAUCAAGUUAAUACAAUUGGAAUAAUUGGAGGAGUAUCUGUUGAUUCUACAUUGAAUUUUUUGAAUAAGCUUGUGCAAUGGGGAUCUAAGAAAGGGAAUGGUAGUCCUCCUUUGAUACUUUGUUCUGAUCCUCAAUUGACAAAAGAAUUGUUGGUCUAUGAGAGAAGCUCUCUUCCUCCGCUUUACACUCGAGUGCCACCCUCUACUUUGGAUCAUACUCGAAUCUUAGCAAACUUGAAAGGUAAAAGGAAAUUUCUUGAGCAAGGUGGUGCUCAGUGUGUUGUGAUGCCUUGUCAUUUGUUGCAUUCUUGGCAUGAUGAAAUUUCUAAAGAAUCCAGUGUACCAAUUCUUCAUAUGGCUGAGUGUGUGGCUAAGGAGCUCAAGGAGGCCAAGUUAAAGCCGCUUGAAACUGGUAGUCCUUUGCGGAUUGGUGUGGUUGCUACUGAUGCUGUACUCAAAUCGGGGUUUUAUCAGGAAAAACUUCAGAAUGAGGGAUUUGAGGUGAUGCUCCCAGAUAAAGCAACCAUGGAACACACCAUUCUUCCUGCCAUUGACGCGAUAGACAGGAAAGACAUUGAAGGGGCACGAAAUUUGCUAAGAAUAGCGCUCCAUGUUCUGUUGGUUAGGGCUGUAAACACGGUGAUCAUUGGAUCACAUGACAUGCGAGAUAUCUUACCUCCGGAUGACCCUCUUCUUAAGAAAUGUGUUGACCCAAUUGAUGCCUUGGUUAGGUCCACUCUCAGAUGGGUUCACCCUCCUCAAUCUCUGGAAACUUCAUAAUCAACAAGAAAAAACAUACUUCAUAUAUUUAAGGUGUUGGAAUGUUAAUUAUCAAUUGUGUAAAUGUAAAUGUUUUGCUUUGCUUUAUUCUUGACACUAGUCAUUCAAUCAUAGAUUAUUAGAAAAUUAUAUUGGUAAUGGACUAUUGUUAAAGAUAGAACAAACACUCUGCUUUGUAUUGGCAGUCCUACACAAUCGUGUGUGUUUUUUGUGUGUUAUUUAUUUGAUUUUCUUUCUUACA